UGGUAGUGUCGGAGCAUCACCGCCACAGUGUUAAAGUGAGAGCAGGACGCGUGGUGAAGAGCGAACCUCGGCAGAGACGCGCUCCUCUUCUUUAGCCACUACUUUUUAUUGGGUUUUACGCACAAGAGAAAUACACAAGGAUAGACAAGAGGGGGAGAGAGGGAGAGAGAGAGAGAGAGAGUGUGUGCGCAGGACAGAGAGAGGCAGAUAGAAAGAGGGAGGAGGGAAAAGAGAGAGAGCGAGCGACCAAGAGAGAGAGAGAAUUCGCACGGGUUUUUGGAGCUACGCUUUCAUGCCGUCAGUCUUGCGGACUCUGAGAUGGACGUCAGAUUUUAUCCAGCUCCCCCUGCAAGCGUGGGUUCAUGUACUUUACCGACUGACUCCGGUUUGGACUAUUACCACACCAACAAGAGCAGAUACGCAGCCGCAGAUCGAGGCGUGAGGCUCUACAGUUCCCUGCCCAUGCGCCCAAACCCUGACGGCAAGAGACUGCCCUCUACUGGGUUUGAUGGUGACAACAUGUACAUGAAUGAGAACAACCAUGAGUUCCUCGCCCCAAACCAGAUUGUAUACAAAGAUGGAGGACAACGGAUUGCCCCCUGGUGGUCGGCUGCAGUUGACGUCUUAAACCCCGCCUCCUUCAUGUUAGCAGAUGGGACGAUACAAAAAAGCUACUCAGGUCAGAGUGGCGGCGGCGGCGGGGGAGGAGGAGGCGGUGGAGGCGGCGGCGGCGGAAACGGGGACGAGGACUACGAGAUCCCCCCCAUCACUCCGCCGAACCACCCGGAGCCCCCUCUCCUUCACCUGAUGGAGCACGACUCCACAGGCUACCUCUGCCACUCGCUGCAACACAAUGGGCUCAUCAACCCGUAUUCCUACCCAGAGCUGCCCACACUCAUGAUGUCGAACAUGCUGGCGCAGGACGGCCACCUCGUUUCCAGCCAAAUGCCCUCGAUGCAGGAGAUGGCUUUGCACCACCACCACCAACAGCAACACCGUCACCAGCACCCGGGCGGCGCUCAUUACAACCCGGCCCAUAACCACCCCCUGAUAAACAGCUCAAUGUCCAACCCCAUGAGAGCCCUGUCCCAGCUGAACUCUCAGGUCAGCCGCAGUGCGCUGCCUCACGGCUCCCCCUCACCUCCCGGAAGUAAAUCGGCCACACCCUCCCCCUCGAGCUCCAAUCAGGAAGAGGAGACUGAUCCUCACGUGAAGAUCACAGGUGAGAAGCGGCCAUCUUCAGAGAUGAUGAAGCCCAAACCCAAGCCCCAGAAGAAGAAGAAGAAGAAGGAUCCCAAUGAGCCCACCAAGCCUGUGUCAGCCUACGCUCUGUUCUUCAGGGACACCCAGGCAGCCAUUAAAGGACAGAAUCCCAACGCCACCUUCGGCGAUGUAUCCAAGAUAGUCGCCUCCAUGUGGGACGGACUGGGAGAGGAGCAGAAACAGAACUACAAGAGGAAAACAGAGGCUGCGAAGAAGGAGUACCUGAAAGCCCUGGCCGCCUACAGAGCCAGUCUGGUUUCCAAGACGUAUAACGACCAAGUGGAGACAAAAGGCGGCCAAUCGAGCCAGGGCUCUCCACACAUGAUGUCAGCCAACCCGCCCCUGUACAGCGUGCCACACCCCCCCCAGCCGUCGUCACCCUACCUGGGGCCCGGGGGCUUCCCCCUCACCGACCUGCAGAGCUACGCAGGACACGCCCCCCGCCACACCCUGUCGCAGACGCUCAGCCAAUCGCAGAUGCUGCCCAGCAUUAGUGCCUCUCCCCCUUCCUCCUUCCAGAUCAGCCCCCCACUUCACCCCCACCAGCAGCUCUCCAUGCACCAGAGCUCGCUCCUCAACCAGCCGAUCCGCAUGCAGCAGUCCCAGCCAAUCAUCCCUCACCAGAUGGGGCUGCAGGCCUCUCUUCACUCCCCGCCUCAUGGGCAGCAGGGUUUCUCCCACCUCCAGUCAGAGUAUCAGAAGAGUAUUGGUGGUUCCCAGUCUCCAGGAGCCCCUGGUCCUGGUCCAGGCCCUGGAGGGCCUCAGGGCCACGACUGGGACGGUGAAUACUGCAAUCGGGAGUGUGGCAACCACUGCAGUGGCAGCAUGAUAGGCAGGGACAAGCCACUCUACCUCACCUGAAACUGAAGAUCUCUGUCAACAAAUACGACACCGAGGAGUCUACUGUCACCCCCCCCCCCCCCUCUCCCCACCACCAACCAUCCCCCUCUCCCAUUUCUCCCCCUCUUCUGAUGCACACGCAUAACAUACACACACAGUGCACACUUAACAUACAAUUACACACUCCCACAUGCAAACAGACACACACAGAAACACACACAGAUUCUGCCUCCAAGACACCAUCACACACCACCACCUUUAUUUGUCAAUGUAACUAUUAUUAUUUUUAUUUCUCAGUUUCUAGAAGAAUUUGUGACCGGAGUUUUUUGACUAGAUGACUACUGUCUGUACCACUUAAUGUAUUAGCAGUCCUCUCGCUGUAUUAAAUUUGCCAAGCACUUACGAAGCGACGCAGCCCCACCCCCACCCACCCCACCCACCCCACCCCUCCUCUGUCUGAGUUGUGCGUCUGUGCCCUCUCCGCCACAGACCGGGCGGCUGAGCACUCCUCUGCUAUGUCACCCUCACAGACCCCUCAGGGGCCACAUGCAGCUUUAAUUAGAAUGAGAAGAAUUAAAAAAAAAGAAAAAAAGAACGACUCUUCCUUCUUCUUUAAUCAUUUUAAUUUCCUUUUUUUUUUAAAUUUUUUUUUACCCCCUUUUUUGUUGUUGUUAUUGUUGUCGUUGAUGUUUUAUUUAUUUCUGGCUUGCAAGAUUGUUCCUCUUUUUUUUUGUCGGGGCCCUGUGUUGUAGAGAAAUAUUAACUUCUAGUAGGUUCAGCACAGGCCUCCAUGUAAUGGUAGCUUUGCUUAAGGGCCUGCAAAUUAAUAUGAAAAAAAGCUUGGGUGGGGGGGGGGGAAGAGAAACAAAACAAAAAUAAUCUUUUUUUAAUAUUAAAGACCUGUUUCGGGUCGACUGAGCUGUCACAGUGUGAUUGUAAAUAUCACUUUUAUGGGAUCAGAUUGGGAAUCGGAGGUCCAGAUAGAUUUGUCUCUUCUUUAAUAUCACAUGUGAGCCAUUGUGUGUGUGUAUGGAUGAGUGUGCGUGCGUGUGUGUGUGUGUGUGUGUGUGGACGUUAGAAUGUACCCCAUUCAUAGCGCACGCAGUUCGAGCGCGUGCACGGAUCCUCGUGCACGAGAGCGUCUCAGUGUUUCAGAGUCUUUCUGGUGAAUUUGAACAGCCGUGUGCAGCUGGAUUUCAGACGAGUAUUUCACACUCUCGUUCCUGCAUUAAAUCCGUGCUCACUGGUGUGGUUUUUUUUUCCAAUAAAGUUCAAUCUAAAAACUGAAUACACAAUAUGUGUCCUGCAGAUCAUUAAAUGGAAAGAGCCAGGUGAGAGAGACGGAGAGGAAGGACACGCAAUGAGAGAAAGAAGAAAAAAAAACAAAACGCCAGGAGAUAUAAAAUGAGAUAUAAUGUCGCAGGUGAACACAAGAAAAAAAAGAAAAAGAUAUUGCCUCAAAACACCCCCACCCGCCCCCCCAUCCCCUCCCUCCCUCCCUCUAUCCCUCGCUCCCUCUUCUUAUUUUGUCUGACCACGAUGUCGAUUCUCGUCUCCUCGACAGGCAGCAGUGAAGUAAUGGAACAUGUGAAUGGAGCCAUCACAUCCGCGUUACAGUGAUUUUUAUAAGUUUCUAGUCGGUGUUUGGUUGUGUUGAUCUCAUCUUUUUAACUCUCGUGUGAUUAACAGAAAUGCAUUUUGUUUGCUGACAGACAUCUGUUCUCAUCUCUUUGCUCUGUAGCAUCGAAUCCACUUUCAGUUGUUACAGAACUAUAACAUUCUAAGUUGUGUAAAAAAUAAAAACCUGCCAAUUGUAGUUAUUUUAUUUGUAAAGCCAGUAAACGAUAAAUAUUUUAAAUGGUUAUCAAUAUAUUGUGUUUUUUUUCCCUCUUUCGCUAGUUGCCCAUCAGCCAUUGGACAGGUUUUUUCUUAUUUAUGAAAGAAAUUAGAUCACUUUUGCUUCUUACAAUGGAGGUGUAUUUUUAUUCUUAAUCUAUUGUUUUUGUUUCCUUUGGUUUGAUAUAUACAAAAAAAAAAAUGAUGAUGACCACAGUGACUAUUAUUUCUUUCAUUUUUCUUUUUUUUUUUACAUUUUGGUUGCUGCUCCUUUCUUUCCUUGCCAGCAGCAUCUGUUUGUGUCACGACGCUUCUUUAAUUUUCAAACCUGCAUAAUAAAAAAAAGUGAAAAAGUG